AUGGUGGCCGACCAGCAUGGGCAUGGUUCGAGGAGCUAUUGGGACACAUUCAGUGAGCUUCCACAGGGCACAGAUGUUAAUACGAUUAGGAGGAGAGGCGGAGAGGAUGAUGGUGAUGGUGAGGAUGAUAGUGCAAAUGGAGGAGGUGGCAGUGGAUAUAAUGGUGGUGACGAUGGUAGAUAUGAUGGUGGAAUGGGUGGUGGUAGUGGAGGAGGUGAGGGUGGUGGUGGUGGAGGAGCUGGAGGCAGUCUCAAUGGAGAUUGUUAUGGUUAUGGUGGUGGUGGAGACAAUGGUUAUAGUGGUGGCAAAUUAGGUGGUGAUGGAGGUGGCGGUGAUGGUGAUUAUUUUGUUAGCAGUGACAUGGCGAUGCAGGAGAGCCAGACGCAUUAG